AAAUGACCUUUUCCUUUCUUGUUUCAAAGUGUUCUGAUCGAUCUACCAAUUCAUCUAUUGAUCAAUUAUUCUUCAUUUUACAAUAUUUGUUAGUUAUGUAACUCAAAAUUCUCGAAAAUCUAGUAGGAGGUUAUGAUGCAAACAUGUGCUAUUUAAAAUUUAAAGGGUCAUCCCAUAACAAGCAUUUACCUAGUCCACAUGAUUAUCUGUUAUAUUUUAUCAAGAUAUAUACAGUAAGCACUUUAUUCAAGAAAUGCUUGAUCUACUUUCCAAAGUCGAUAAUGUUGAAUAUUGUUAAAUAAUGUUUUAUCCUUGGCAUAGUUGAUGGUGCAUAAGUUACAUCUACUUAGGAAAUUGAUUGCAAGUAUUAUUAAUAUAAUAGAAUAGAAAAAUGAGUGCCAGAUCUAAUGAAGAUAGGUCAUUACAGUCCUCAGAAAAUUUCCAAGAUUAUGAUUCAGACAAAUUAACUUGCAAUGACCAAUACACAGAAGGUGACUAUGCAGAAUCCAGUAAGCUCUCUUUCCAAGAUCUGCUCAAAAUCCACCACAAACAGACUGUUUGGGGAUUCCAGUUUGGCAAGGAGGUUCGAGAAAGUAUCACCCGCGACAAGAACCCCCAAACCACAACAAAGGACAAACACGAGGAGGAGAAAAACGACAGGUUCACGGUGGUGGCGGACACCGAUCAGACGAUUCUGGGCGGCGACUCGGCCUGCACCAGCACCUCGAAGGUCAUCACCGAGAAGGACCACAAGACACCGCACUCGCGGCGGCGCGCUGAGGCCGGCAGGAGCAGCAAGAGGAAGAACAGCGCCAAGCAGGAUUUCGUGUCGCCUCAGAAGACGAGGAGGGCGCCGCUGCCCUUGAUGCACUGGGCGGAUUCCAAAGAGGUGUGGUUGUUCAUGGUGUACAAAGAAGAAGCGUCCCUCAACCUGCGCAACCCGAGCCUCUUCGAGGACUUCACCGCCUUCAUGCCGCGCAUGCGCGCCAUCUUGCUCGACUGGGUGAUGGAGGUGUGCGAGGUCUACCAUCUCAGGAGGGUCACUUACUACCUCAGCGUCGACUACUUCGACCGCUUCCUCUCCAUCAGGCCGGACGUGCCGAAAAACCAGCUGCAACUGGUCGGGGUCACGUGUCUGUUUUUGGCAUCGAAGCUGGAGGAGAUUUAUCCGCCGAGAUUGACGGAGUUUUCGUACGUUUGCGAUGGGGCUUGCAGUCCUGAGGAGAUUUUGGCUUGCGAGCUUUUGAUCUUGAACAGUUUAGGGUGGGACUUGAAUAUCAUGACGGCCAGCGAUUGGCUGAACCUCUACAUGCAGAUACAUUUCCAAGCGGGCACCGUCGCGAGGCAGAAGCUUCACGUCGACAUGAACAGGGACUUCUUCUUCCCGCAAUACUCCGGGUACCAGUUCACGAGGGCGUCCCAGCUCAUAGACAUGUUCAGCUUGGACCCCGGUUUCCUCAAGUUCAGUUAUAGUGCGAUUGCUGCCGCCGCUAUGUACUUCAUGUACGGCAAGAAGGCGGCGCUGGCGGCUUCGGGGCUGACGUGGGCGCAGCUGCAGCCCUGCGCCGAGUACAUGGCCGUGUUCUAUCACGUGCUCAGAGACAGCGCCGAUCCGCGGCUGCAGUCCUGCAAGGGGGACACCGCUGUGGAGGAGCAAAACACCACCUCGUUGGACAGUAUCAGGCAUAAGGUCAAGAACUUAGUGAAAGACGAAAACCACUCCCUCCAAUCGCACGUCGUCAACAUGGAGUACUUCGAGAGAUCGGCCAUCAUCAGGCUCGAACAGAUGGGCCUGAAAGUGGAACGAACCUACGUCAAGAAGAAGAAAAACGAUGACAAAACCGACGACAAAGAGGAGACGAAAGAAAGCGAAGAGCAGCACAUGAUUUGCAUGUACGAGCUGGAAAAACUCACUGGCGACGCUGUCGCUCUGAGCGACGAAGAUGUCAAUAUCGUGCCCCCUGCCACUUCGGAUGCUGAUUUGAUUAUGCCUGAUGAGGGCAAAGCCAUCCUUAGUUUCGACGAAAUUUUAGAAGGUAUUGUUAAGUGUAAUCGGAAGAAUAUACCGGUUCAGUUGCAGACGAGUAAAGAUUUCCUCGAAGAAACGAUCAACAGGUUGGACUAGAUUAAUUUAUUAAGGAUCAACUUGAGUGUACAAAUGGACAGAUAUAUUUUUUUAUUGCUUUAACAUACUGGACGUUCCUGAUCGAGUUACGAAAAUUUGAAAAUCAGGACGUUUUACUGGGAGGUAAGUGGUACACAUUUUCCAACCAGUAAGACAUUGAAGUGCCUUGUUAUUUGAAAAUGAAAAUCAAUUUUAUAUUGUGAAAAUUCCAUACAUACGAAGUGAGACAUUAUGCCGGGUCUUCUAGGAGAUGAGCAAUCUCCUUGAAAAUUAAAGAGGACACAGUUCUAUCGAAAAUCUUCGUUUGAUGAAAUCAUCUGUGAACAAUAAAUAUCUACAGAAACCAUUUUCUCUUUCUCACUUUCUUUGAUGGUGGAUAUAACAGUAAUGCUAAUGUCGGAAGUCAUAAAGGCCGGAAGAAAAAUAUCUUCUCAGGAUACUAUCAUUCUGAACAAUUGAACCUAGCUGUAAACAGCAUUUUUUAAUAUACUAUUAUUGAAUUCAUUUCUUAAGUGCAUGAGAAAUGUUGUGGAAAUACUAUGUAUACUCAAUCAAUUUUAAACUUGAGCACAAUUAUUCGUUUUAGGAUAAUUUUUGCCGAAAAAAUAGAACAUAGUGUCUUGCAUCAAUUGUCAGCACUAAACACGAUCCCAAAUUUCUUUUUCAAAAUGUACCUACUGCUUAAGAUUGCGUAAGUAUCGAUGGUUUCUAAAAAAAAAAUUGGGUCGUUCAUUCUACCCCGAAAAGCGAGGGUGGCCUCACUUGAAGCGGGACACAUUCUAUUCAAUAUAUUUAGCUAUAAUGACAUCAUGAUGUGGUAUUUGGAUAUUGAAAAUGUUAGGUUAAUGAAUUUUGAUCUUGAACAAUUUUAAAUCAAUUUUUAUUUAUUUCCUAAGCGUAAUUCACUAGUUUCGUUUUGAUUCUUUGUACAAACUUUAUGGACAUUAAUAUUUAUUGUUUUCAAACAUAAAAUAAAUGUGAAAAUAGGGCAAUGUCAGUAUAUAUUAUAUUUAUAGCAACUCAAGUUGAUCUCUGGAGUGUAUAGGUAAUUAUCGUUGUAUAUUUGUGAUUCAAAUUUUAUUUAAGUUUUUUAAUAUAUUAUAUAUUAGUUAUUUUAAUUUAUAUAACAUGCUCACUUUCCAUCUCAUUAGGUACUUCAUUUUAUUCAUUGUAUUGACAUAUUCUCACUUUCAUUUUGCAUAAAGCACUGCCCGUUUUUAGUACCUGCCUAUCAGUCUAGCCAGUUCGAAUCACAUAACUUAUUUUCUCAAAACAAUUUCUUGUGUUUAUUUUUUGGGUUUUGGUUCUUAUUUCAAUUGCUUUAGAAAACAUAUCCAUGAUAGUGCCUUGAAUGGUAAUGGACAUUUGUGAUUUUCUGAAUCUUGUCGAGUUGUGGAAAUUUUGAAGUUUUUCAGAUUGAAUUUCUUUUAAACAAAUGAAACUAUUUUCACCUCAACGGCGUUAUUAUUGUACCGGAAGAUUAGUCAGCUAAAAGACUGAACCUUCAUUACAAAUACCAUAUCAUUCAAUAUAGCAUCAAAUUAGAAUUGAUUAUAAUAUGUGAUUUUGCAAUAUAUUUAUUGCAUUGAAAGACUUCUUCCUCUAGCUUUAGGUAUUUCUCGUAGACCUGUUAUUGUAAAUAAUUUAAUCAUUUA